AUGGAACAACACAAUGCUACUUCUGUGGACACAUUUAUUCUUCUUGGCUUCUCCCACAUUCCUCAUCUUCGACUCUUCCUCAUCUGCAUCUUCUCGUACCUCUAUGUUUUCACAUUACUGUGGAACAGCCUCAUCAUCCUGCUCAUUAUAAAUGACUCCCAACUUCACACUCCAAUGUAUUUCUUCCUGGCAAACCUCUCCUUCAUAGACGUGAUUUCCCCGUCAAUCACGAUGCCCAAAAUGAUUACGGAUCUGGUCUCCAAGAAAGGCGUUAUACCUUAUCGCUCCUGCAUUGCCCAACUGUGCCUUUUACUUACAUGUGUGGCAACAGAAUCCAACGUACUCUCCAUCAUGGCUUUUGACCGGUAUGUUGCCAUUUGUAAACCUCUUCAAUACACAAAAAUAAUGAGCUACAAAAUGUGCAGUAAGUUGGCAGUUGGGUCAUGGCUGAUAGGGAGCUUCUUCUCCAUCAUGCUGUCUUUGCUCACCAACAGCCUUGAUUUCUGUGGCCCAAACGAGAUCAACCACUUCUUCUGUGACAUUCUCCCACUUUUUUCUCUCGCCUGUUCUGACAUUACCUUGAGUGUAACAUUGCUGUAUGCGUCUGACAUUAUCAACGGGAUCAUUAAUUUCGUGGUUAUUCUCAGCUCCUACGUUAGCAUUGCAAAUGCCAUCAAGAAAAUUAAAUCCCAAGAAGGGAGGAAGAAAGCAAUCUUAACAUGCAGCUCACACAUUAUGGUGGUGUGUAUGUAUUAUGGCACAACCAUUGUCACCUACCUACAUACCAUUAAGAGUUACUCUGAGUCGAAAGAUAGAACAGCCGCUAUUAUCUACACGACAGUUACCCCGUUGCUCAACCCAUUAAUAUAUAGUCUUCGAAACAAUGAUGUGAAGAAGGCCCUAAAGAAAGUGUUUUCAAAUAGAUACCCGAAAUAG